AUGGUAUAUUACGCUCAAAGCACGCACUCCGCCUAUCCAGGACAACUGAUUUGCCCGGUUUACGAACUAGAAAAAGGCACAGACUCGCAACAAGUUAUCAGAUACAUUGCUGGCGCCGGCGUAGCAGAACAGGACUACGAACUAAAUGGUCAGAAAAUAAUAGCAUUAGCGGCAACAGUCGUCGGAGAGGUCAAGUUCGAUGAAGAACUUAAAGAGAUGGUACCGAGCGGCGAAGUUGCUGAGUCCAACGAGAAUGAGGAAGAAGAGACAGUAAGCACAGAAGAGGAAAGGCAUUUUAUUGUUAGUGUGACUGACAAGCGCCAAGAUGGACAAGCAGUUACUGCGGAUUUUGCCAACAACUUGCCCAGAGAAGGCGACAUAGUCCUCGCGAGAGUUACAAGAAUCUCACAGCAGAGGGCUAACGUUGAAAUUCUGGCCGUGGAAAACAAAACCACGCCAGUAGAUUCAGGGGUCGGCAGUAACGGCGCUGGCAUAGUUGCGGCUGGGGGCGGCUCGGGAGGGGCUACUUUUUCGGUCUCCCAGGCCUCUUCUGAUCUUGGGGAAACAUUCAGAGGUUUAAUCAGUUCUAGAGAUGUUAGAGCUACAGACAGGGACAAAGUUAAGAUAAUAGAUAGCUUCAGACCAGGUGACAUAGUCAGAGCGCAGGUUAUUUCAUUAGGCGACGGUUCGAAUUACCACCUCUCGACAGCGAGAAACGACUUGGGAGUUGUGUUUGCGAAGGCAUGCAACGGAGCGGGUGGUAUGAUGUACGCAAUUGAUUGGAAAACCAUGGUAGCCCCAUCUACGGGAUUCACAGAGGCUCGGAAAUGUGCCAAACCAUUUUGA